UCAGUUGUAAAAUUCUUGAAAGAAAAAAAUGACAUUGGUAAAAAAAUUACGGAAGCUAAUUUUUGAGGGCAGAUCCAAAAGAAAAACCCUUAAACUAAUUAAAUGGAUGCAGAAAAACAAGCUUCUAAGGCAGAAAAUGAAAUGCAGCAUCUGCUUAAGGAGAAUGAAGUUGAAGAAAUGGAAGACCAAAGAUCAUUACACUUGGACAUGUCAGCGGGCCGCACAUAGAGGAAGAAACAGUGUAAAGUCCAUAAGAUACAAGUCUCUGUUCCAGCGUUCUAAAAUAUCCCUUUUUGACUGGAUGCAGUUCAUAUUUAGGUUUUCCCAAGGUUUGCGUCUACGACAGAUAGACAUGAUAGAGGAUGACAUCGCAGCAAGUUCAGCCACACUCACCAAGAUGGCAAAAAAAAUACGUGAGGUCUGCACAACGGCCGUGGAACGAAUGAGAUUAAGAAAUGGACAAAUCAUUGGUGGACAACAUGAAUUUGUUGUCAUUGAUGAGAGUCACUUCAGACAUAAAAGAAAGUAUGGAAGAGGAAGACUGUCAGGAGCAUGGAAGAGGAAGAAAUGGGUUUUUGGCAUGCUGGGAGUUCGUGGCCAGAGGAGUGGAAAGCCAGUUCUGCGACUUGUUGAAAAAAGAAGUCGCACAGAACUUGUGCCUCUAAUUGCACACCAUGUAAAACCUGGAUCUACUAUCAUUAGUGAUGAAUGGCGAGCAUACCGUGUGCUCCAAGCACUUGGAUACAAACACUACACUGUCAAUCACAGUCAGACAUACGUAGAUGCACACACUGGUGCUCACACACAACACCUUGAAAGGGCAUGGCGGACAUACAAAGAAAAAGUAUGGAGGCUUCGAGGAAAUCGAACCGAAAACCUUUUACAAGAGCACCUGUGUGUGAUUGAGUGGAACGAGUGGCUAGCUAAAAAACACAGUAAUGGCAUCCUUGGAAGGUUACUUCAUGAUAUAAAAAAAAAGUACAAGUGAUUCACUGAUUUACUUCAGUUAGACUUAAAAAUUGAUUGUCAAAACAAUCUGGCUUUAUUUCUCGAUGCCUUAUUUAUUUACCGUAGUUUGAAAUUGUGACUGAAUUCAUUUUUAUAUUUCUUUUACAGAAAGAUUUUUGUAUGUUUAGUCUGUUUUAAUGUUAUAAAGUUCUUUUUACAAGCUUUAUGCUUUGUGGUUGUUUGUGGUAAAAACAUCCGACACCUUAGUUGAGGUGCUGCAAAACAUUCAAUAAACUGCUAACAAAGUUAGUUAAUACGUUUGUUAAGCUUAUAAGCAGUUUAGUAAUGUGGACUUUGGUCACACUUUAGUUGAGGUGCUGCAAAACAUUCAAUAAACUGCUAACAAAGUUAGUUAAUACGUUUGUUAAGCUUAUAAGCAGUUUAGUAAUGUGGACUUUGGUCACACUUUAGUUGAGGUGCUGCAAAACAUUCAAUAAACUGCUAACAAAGUUAGUUAAUACGUUUGUUAAGCUUAUAAGCAGUUUAGUAAUGUGGACUUUGGUCACACUUUAGUUGAGGUGCUGCAAAACAUUCAAUAAACUGCUAACAAAGUUAGUUAAUACGU